GAGUCGAUAAGUAAUUUUUGUGAAGAAAUGAAUAAUUCAUGGAAACAACUAACGAGCGAAUAUGAUCAUUCUCAACUGUUUUAUGCACCUGCUAUUUAUCAGAGGAGAGGAAAAAAAAUUGGCGUGAGAUGGAUCAAUUUUCGUUCUAGAAAACGUUUCCAAUAGCGUCAGAGCGCUCUGAUUAAGUAAGAAUUAGUGUAAAUUAGCCUUGCUCACGAAUUCGUCUACAUACGUGACUUGAAUUAUAUCAACGCAUGCGGGGCACGUGCGAAUAAUAAAACCUUUUUUCGCUUAUCGAUGUUUGCCUUGCUUAUCAACGAGAAAUUAAUAAAAGCGACAACGUUUGAUCGUCGCUUCAACGCCCAUAGCUCAUUAGACGCCAGAGCGUCGGUCAAUAAAGCGAUGCUCGUCUUCUUCCCUCCUCCCAACGUAGACACGCUUUUGCAAUAACCGAUCAUCGAGGUUAAUAGGCCUAUACAACUGCAAUUUUUCCGUCAUUCUUGUUCGUGUAGUGAAUUUCUGUCUCUUUUUUAUGCUAGUUCUUCAUUUCUGUACUAUAUUUUCUACUAUUAUCCUUUUCCUUUUUAUCUUAAAACAGAUUGCAUUGUUGCCAGACCAGGAAAGUUUGAUAUAUUCUGCAGUAAAGAUGAAGUAAAAGUAACAUUCUCUUGCGGUGUUGGCUCCGUAAUAGAAAUUAAGAGAGCUGAAUAUGCUUUCAACAUGGAUAUAAUACGAAAGUGCGUGAAUGAUAAUGACUUUUCGAAGUCGGAGGACUGUGGGAGUGACGUCGGAGCGACUUUAGGCGCCAUCUGUAAUGGAAAUCGAACUUGCCAGAUAUUUGGAAGUGAUUUUUUAAGACUAUUCUCAACACAAAGAUCUUUAAUGGAUAAGAAACAUUGUUCAGGAGUUUACUUAAAACAUUUACAGGCGGAAUACGCUUGUAGAAAAUUGUCAUCUAUUAAAGAUAUAUGUAAAUUAAAGAAUUAUCGACUCAAUCAUGAUGUUCUACUAUCAUCCGAGCAAUUCAGAUUAAAUAAGAGAAAAGGCCCCAGUUGUCGUCUGUCUUUGAAGGUUAAAGAGGGCCGUAGGAUUCGUAUGGAAUUGAUUGAUUCUCCGAAAAGAAAGCUCAGUGGCCAAUAUAGCAGGAAUAAUUGUAAAAGCUCUUACGGAGCAUUAAAAAUAGAACAAAAAGAUUUAAGAUCGAAGAUGAUUUGUGGUGGACAGGAAGAAGUGCAAAUAUUUGAAACGGACACUAGCUCAACAGAGAUAUCCGUCACAGAGAGGAUACUUACAAAUUCCUCAAUGAACUUUUUACUAAACAUAUCUGUUAUCGGCUGCCCCAACCUCUACUCUUCCGCUCAAAAUCCUGGAACAACUUACGUUAGGAAAUCUAACCACCUAACAAUUAGAUGCAAAGAUGGGAGGAGGUGGAGACUGGAGUGCUCCGGUAAUGAAUGGACGGGGGGUAGGCUGAAUUGUACAGAACCAGCCGAAACUGGAAGUAGUUCGUUGAUUCGCCUGGGAUCUAUCUCCAUCCCACCCGGCAUCCUUAUCGCCAUCAUUCUCGGGCUCGCUUUGAUUAUAAGCGUAUGCAUUCUGACAAUCGGAUUACUAAUGCUUCAAAGGCAACGAAGGAAAGCGGCUUAUGCUGCUAUCUACUCCAUGUCUGAGAUGGCGCCUGUCGAGUAUCGCCGGUCCAAGACGCCAUCUGGUGUUUAUCAAAGAACACUACCAAAAAGCGCUAUGAACGGCGGACUUUCGAAUGGUCAAUUAUUGCAGCCUGAGAACGAGUACGCAAGCGUUCAAGAAAUAAGCGAUAUGAGAGGAGCACCCUAUGGGUGUGUUGAAUGUGCAAGAGCAAAAAAUGGUGGCGGUUCUCUUAGACCUCUAUCAACUUAAUAUUUAAGAUGUAUAUAGUUAAAAAAAUACUAUGAACGUAAUUUCUUAGAAUUCUCCAUUUUGUAUAUAUUUUUGUUGAACUGCCAUAUUUAUUUACCUA